AUCUCUUGAGAACAACACUUGUUCCAUUUCUACAGCCAAAACCCAAAAGAGAGAGAGAGAGAGAGAGAGAGCCUAGAGUGAUGAACUUUGGAUCUCAUUUCAUCUCAUCGAGAAAGAACAACAACAACAACAAGCAGCAGCCUUUGAUAGAGACUUCUCCUUCGGCGACUUGACCUCUCUCCCUCCCUUCUUUCUUGCUGGAAGCAGAGAUUAUAAGCCUUGUCCAGCUAAAUUCUUUACCAGUGCCUGGUGGUCUUCUUCCUCAUCCUCUUGCUCCAGGAGUUUUUUUUUUCCAGUUUGGUUGAUCCUUAGAUCUAACCGAGCAUUUCCAUACCCACAUCAUAAAAUCCCAGACUCCUCCUCCACAGAUCUUCUUCCUCUUCAAGCUAUACCACAGGCCCCAGGUGUAGAAGUUCUCUCUCCCAAGUGUGAGAUUCUCGUGCAUCAAGAAGAAGAGUUCUGUUGUCUUGGUUCUCUGGCUGGUGAGCUUAGAUGUCUUUCCAUUACGACCGGGGGGCUAUUUGGAUGAGAUGAGGGAUGUUAUCAGGGUUGAUGAACCUUCUGAGGGCCUGUUUCUGGCCGAGUUCGGGCCGUUCUGGUUCAGAUUCCGGUGGUCAGCAGGACGGGCUGUUGUGGUACAGAGACUUUGGUCAGCAUGCCUGUGGUGACUUCUCCAUGGCCGUGGUUCAAGCCAACAACUUGCUUGAGGACCAGAGCCAGCUCGAGUCAGGCAGUCUCAGCACACACGAGUCUGGUCCCUAUGGCACUUUCGUCGGUGUUUAUGACGGUCACGGUGGCCCUGAGACCGCUCAUUUCAUCAACAAUAACUUGUUCCAACAUCUCAAGAGGUUUGCUACAGAGAAUCAGUCAAUGUCAGUGGACGUGAUAAAGAAAGCAUUCCAGGCAACCGAAGAUGGCUUCCUCUCUGUCGUGCCCAGACAGUGGCCAAUGAAACCGCAGAUAGCGGCAGUUGGAUCGUGCUGCCUCGUCAGCAUCGUAUGCAAUGGGACGCUGUAUGUUGCGAACCUUGGUGACUCAAGGGCGGUGCUGGGGCGGGUCAUGAAAGCAACAGGGGAAGUCCACGCCAUCCAGCUCUCGGCUGAGCAUAACGCUUCUAUAGAGUCUGUUCGUCGUGAGCUUCAGGCUCUGCAUCCAGGCGAUUCAGGCAUCGUGGUUCUGAAACAUAACGUGUGGCGGGUGAAGGGCAUCAUUCAGAUUUCGAGAUCCAUUGGGGAUGUGUAUCUGAAACGGUCUGAGUUCAACCGAGAACCGUUAUUACCCAAAUUCCGCCUUCGGGAACGAUUCAGUAAGCCAAUACUGAGUGCAGAGCCAGCUAUCACGGUGCAUCAACUGCAGCCACACGAUCAGUUUAUCAUAUGUGCUUCGGAUGGGCUCUGGGAACACUUGAGCAACCAAGAAGCCGUCGACAUUGUUCAAAAUCAUCCACGCAGCGGAAUAGCAAAAAGGCUGGUGAAAGCGGCAUUGCAAGAGGCGGCAAAGAAGAGAGAGAUGAGAUACUCAGACCUGAAGAAGAUCGACAGAGGAGUACGCCGCCAUUUCCACGACGACAUAACCGUUGUGGUCGUCUUCCUUGAUUACGAGCUUGUGAGCCGAGCUCGAGCUCGUGCUGGGCCGGCCGUUUCCGUGAGAGGGGCAGGGCUCAGUUACCCUCCCAACACCUUGGCCCCUACCCAAGCCGCCUUUCUUAUUUCUUAAGAAAGAUUGCUGUCCCAAAUCUGUAACUAUGUUAGAUUGUGAUCCUGCCCGAAUAUCUCAACAGAUCCGUCUUUAUUUCCCUCAGAUAUAUAUUUUUUUUUUAUAUUUUUUGUCUUAUUUCUUUCAAUGUAAAGUUUACAACUUUGCGGCUCUACGUUA